AUGCGCCAUAAAAUCACAAAAAUACCCUCCAACAGCUCUCACAAGGACACAAAAGGAGAUGUUUUACAGAAUGUCCUGGCUGCUGUUUCUCAGACCGUGAAAAUUUAUACUGACAAGAGAAAUCAUUUUGGUGUGGAGCGAAAUAUGCCCAAGCAGCUGGUGGAGAAGGUGGCAGGAGACAUCGCCAAACUGCUCAACAGGAAACGCAAAGCUCUGGAGAGAUUGGCUAGAGAAGCUGAAGACAUCCAACGAGAACAUUCAUGGCAAGAUGCAAUCAAAGAAAAUGACAUCCAGUACUACGACUCCAAAGCCGAAUCGGAUGUUCCGGAUGAUGAUGAUGGAGAAAACCUCUUGGAAAACCCGAACUCUCUUUCUUUGGAGUUUGUGGAUGAUCCCAACUUCAAGAACAAAGUCAACUACUCAUAUACAGCCGUACAGAUUCCUACUGACAUCUACAAAGGCUCUCCCACGAUCCUGAACGAGCUGAACUGGACUCAGUCUCUGGAGAGGGUCUUCAUUGAAAACAGUCGUGAGGAUCCUUCGCUGCGCUGGCAGGUGUUCGGCAGCGCCACCGGAGUCACCAGAUACUACCCAGCCACAAAGUGGAGAGCGCCCAACAAGAUUGACCUGUAUGAUGUGAGGAGACGCCCGUGGUAUAUUCAAGGAGCUUCUUCUCCCAAGGACAUGGUCAUCCUCGUGGACGUAAGCGGUAGUGUCAGUGGACUGACCCUGAAGCUAAUGAAAACCUCUGUCAUCGAGAUGCUGGACACACUUUCUGAUGACGACUACGUAAAUGUGGCUCGGUUCAAUGAGAAAGCGUACGCCGUGGUGCCGUGCUUCACAACGCUGGUCCAAGCCAACAUAAAAAACAAGAAGAUCUUCAAAGAGGCUGUGAUGAACAUGCAAGCGAAGGGGACGACAGACUACAAGACCGGCUUUCAGUUUGCCUUUGACCAGCUGUUAAAUGAGACCAGCGCUCCGAGAGCAAACUGCAAUAAGAUGAUAAUGAUGUUCACAGACGGUGGCGAGGACCGCGCUCAAGACAUCUUUGAGAAAUACAACUGGCCAAACAAAACAGUGAGAGUUUUCACGUUCUCAGUGGGGCAGCACAACUAUGACGUCACUCCUCUGCAGUGGAUCGCCUGUGCCAACAAGGGUUACUACUUUGAGAUCCCUUCCAUCGGAGCCAUAAGAAUCAACACACAGGAGUAUUUGGAUGUUCUUGGACGGCCAAUGGUGCUGGCAGGUGAACGGGCUAAACAAGUGCAGUGGACCAAUGUUUACCAGGAUGCUCUGGGUUUGGGGCUCGUCAUUACCGGCACAAUGCCAGUCUUCAAUCUCACCACUGACGGAGACUCCAGAAAUCAGUUGAAUCUUGGUGUCAUGGGUGUAGACAUCGCCCUCAAUGAAAUUAAAGAACUCACACCAAGAUAUAAGCUUGGAGCCAAUGGUUACACGUUUGCUAUAGAUCCCAAUGGCUAUGUGCUGCUGCACCCCAACCUACAGCCGAAGAUCAUUAACUUCAGAGAGCCGGUCACAUUGGACUUCUUGGAUGCUGAACUUCCAGAUCGCAACAAGGAGGAGAUCCGCCGUCAAAUGAUUGAUGGCAGAGCAGGACAGAGGAGAAUCAGGACACUGGUGAAGUCUGUGGAUGAGCGUUACAUUGAUGAGGUCCAGAGGACAUACAUAUGGAGUCCAGUGGAGGGCACAGAUUACAGUCUCGGUUUAGUUCUGCCGUCCUACAGUGAAAACCACAUCAAGGCCAACCUGAGCGACCAGAUCCUCCAGGUCCAGUACGGAUCAGUCUUCAAGGAUUUUGAGUCUCUCCUGCCAAACACUUUUGAGUCAGAGGGACAUGUGUUCAUUGCCCCCAGGGAAUACUGCAAAGACCUGGAGCUGUCUAACAACAACACAGAGUUCCUGCUCAACUUCAUCGCUCUGAUGGAGAAGGUCACGCCAGACUCCAAACAAUGUGACAAUUUCUUGCUGCAUAAUCUGAUCUUGGACACGGGCAUCAUUAAAGAGCUGGUAGAUAAAGUCUGGAAGAACAAGGACCUCAACACGUACGGCUUUAUGGCGGUCUUUGCAGCCACAGAUGGAGGCGUCACUCGAGUUUUCCCUAAUAAGGCCUAUGAGACCUGGGAGGAAGAUCCAGAGCCGUUUAUUGCUAGUUAUUACCGUCGCAGUCUGGACAACAAGGGCUACGUGUUCAGAGCCCCCUACCGCACCGCCAAUGAUGAAUCCAUACUGAAUCCAGAGAACGACACCAUCGGCAUUCUGGUUAGCACUGCAGUGGAGGUGACCAUAGGAAACAAAAACCUGAAACCUGCAGUUCUGGGUGUGAAGCUUGAUCUUGAGGCAUGGACAGACAAAUUCAAGAUCCUGGCGAGCAACCACACCAACAGCAACCGACAGAGCUCUCAAACGUGUGGACCCACCAGUGGCUGUGAAAUGGACUGUGAAGCCAACAGUGAUGACUUGCUUUGCUAUCUGAUAGAUGACGGCGGCUUCCUCGUCAUGUCCAAUCAGAAAGACUACUUGAAUAAGAUCGGGAUGUUCUUCGGCGAGGUCGAUGCCACCCUCUUUUACGCCCUCUAUAACAACUCCUUCUACAAACGCAAGCAGUCUUACGACUAUCAGUCGGUGUGUGACCCGGUGCCCAGCAGCAACACAGGGGCCGCCCCGCGAGGAGUGUUUGUGCCUACUAUUGCUGAUGUGUUAAAUGUUGCCUGGUGGACGUCAGCAGCUGCCUGGUCACUGCUGCAACAGAUGCUGUAUGGGUUUGCCUAUCAGAGCUGGUUCAUGACAGAUGAGGUGGAUGCUGAAGGACUGGAGUCUAGAGCGACCAGCUGUGUGACCGUACAGACACAGUUUUACUUCAGUAACAUCAGCAGCUCCUACAACAUACUGCAGGACUGUGACAACUGCUCCAGGUUAAUUCAUGCUAGGAGAAUAAACAACACCAACCUGCUGUUUGUGGUGGCUGAAAAACUGUCCUGCGACUCCUGUGAAAUAGAGAAACUGUCUCAGGUGGAGACAGAAUAUAAAGAAACGAAUACAUGCGAGACAGUAGCCACAGCCCGGUAUAGAAAAGGAACCACGAGCUGUUUCGACUACAGUGUUUUAGAGAACACAUCAGACUGUGGGCGGGGUCACUCGUUCCGCCCCUCCCUCCUCACUUUACUCCUCCUUCAGCUCCUCCUCCUGUUUGUUCUGGCCCGCCCCUCUGUUUAACUCCAUCCUCCUGUCCUCCUCUCCCUCCUUCUCGUCUCCUUAAUUUCUCCUUUAUCUCCCCGUUGCUCUAGUCAUAAGUAAUAUAAAGGGACUUCCUCCUGCCCUUAUACGGAAGCCCAGUCGUACUGCUUCAUCCACUUAGCUUCACAGGUUGUUGCUUAGUGACCGUUGCAGAACAUUGUCGUCUCCUGCCAAUCAAGAGCAUUUGUGGGAGGAGUUUAAAGUGUCUUUACGAAAACAGGAAGCUAGCGAUGUGAACACCAACGGCCAUCUUGGACCAACGAAGAAAUGGUGGAAACUGACACGGACUGUUCCCUCCUGCCCUUGCGGCCGAAAGGGGGUCUGGUUUCGUUUGACUCCACCUCUAAAGGGGAAAGGUCAUCCUCAUCAUCCUCAUCUUCAUCCUGUAACCCGUGUCGCGAGGCUACGGGGCGUUCUGACGCCGUCUAGCUUCCGGUAAUAAGAAAAUAACCGAAUAAGAGCAGAACUUUAAGCGAUUCCCAAAAAAUAUCAAUAACAACAUGUGAGUAUUAAAAACAUGCCUCCAUAUAUUAGGGUAUUUAACGAGAAAGAGAAGACGAUAGAUGAUAUUUAUUCAAUUAUCUUUUGUUUAUUUAUGCACUAUAUCUACUUCUUGCCAAAACGAGACUUGUUGUGUGGUCUAAUUUUUCUAGCCAAAUUAGGAGGUAAGAAAACCACAGAAAAAGAAAGUAGAGAAAUUAAAGAGGUAUCACACCAUUCCUUCAUCAGUCACAAGGGCUUCAUAGAUUUAUUAUUUCUAUUGAUAUCACAACCCUGAUCCGAUUAGGUUAGGCUUUUUAUUUGUGUUUAUUAUUUUUAUCACAAGGUAAACUAUAUGAAUGCCUCAGUAAUAUAAUAUUUGCAGCUAAUAUGUAAUAGCAUGUGUGCAUUUUUAAAGGACCAGUUCACCUAAAAAUGUGUAAUUUAUUUUAUUUCAUU